GAUUUGUCAAAGUUUUAUUGUGAGUUAGAGUGAAACGUAGUCAUUUUUGACGUGUUUUUGUUUCAAUUUGUAAAAAUCCUGUGAUAUUAUUUAAUCAAGGAUAGAUUUUUAAAUAAGAUGGGUGGCUCUCAAAGUGUUGAAAUACCUGGUGGUGGCACAGAAGGAUACCAUGUAUUAAAAGUACAAGAUGGAUCUCCAGGGCAAGCUGCUGGGUUGGAAGCGUUUUUUGAUUUUAUUGUUGCCAUCGGCACUACGAGAUUGGACCAGGACAACGACACGCUCAAGGAGUUGUUGAAAGCAAGUGUGGAUCGGGAGCUGAAGGUGACUGUGUAUAGCAGUAAGUCACAGUCUGUGCGGGAGGUAAACAUCACCCCGAGCACCACGUGGGGCGGCCAAGGACUGCUGGGAGUCAGCAUCCGCUUCUGCUCCUUCGAGGGUGCCAACGAGAAUGUCUGGCAUGUCCUGGAAGUCCACCCCAACUCUCCGGCGGAGACAGCGGGUCUUCACGCGUUCUCAGACUACAUCAUCGGGGCUGACUCGGUGCUGCACGAGAGCGAGGAUCUGUUCACGCUGAUAGAGGCCCACGAGGGUCGAGCGCUCAAGCUGUACGUGUACAACACAGAGCUAGACACCUGUCGUGAGGUCGCCAUCACGCCUAACUCUACCUGGGGUGGAGAGGGCAGCUUAGGAUGUGGUAUAGGAUAUGGCUACCUACACAGGAUACCCAUUCGAGGUCUGCCUGAAGUUGGAGUUCAAGCUUCCACAUUAAUCAGCCCUCCUCCUCCUCCUCAGAAUGAAGCAGUCAAGAAGAUCACAGAAAACAUGAGUAAUCUCAACAUGGGUGGAGUGAGCCAAGCGCAGAUCGUCUCCUCGGUUGCUCCUCCGACACCGAUCACUUCCCCUCUGGUGUCCACUGUGCCAUACCCCUCCCCCCUUCCACCCUCUGUGCCCCCUACUACAUUCACCUCCCCUCCACCAGUGGUACCCCCCUCUAUGUUCCCUCCACACCCUGCAACCCUGGGUGGCCUGCCCACUGUCCCAUCCUCAACCCUAGGGGCCGCUUUCAACCUGCCCACCUCCCCCGCCAAUAACAUGUUCCCUCCCAGGAGUGGUGUGGAGACUGUUGCCACUGCUAGUGGAGUUGUGCCUUCCAUCGCACACAUGGCUACUUCAGCUAUCACCCAGCCAAGCAUACCGGGGAUGCCUGUGACAACCCCGAUCUCGCUGCCAGGGAUGCCACCCAUCACGGUGAGCGCAACCCUCCCCUACGCCACCCUGGAGGCCAUCCAGUCAACCGAGCCGGUCAACCACAAGCCACCCUCCCUUACAGCAUCACAGUAGUAUCGUCAACAUUAGGUUUUAUACUGAACAAUAACAGUGGUACUUCUUCACUAGUGAAUGAUCAACUCACGCAAUUCUGUUUCCGUAAGCUACCGACACAGAAGAGACAGCGGUGCUUUUUUUGUACAAAAUAAACUCCACCAUAUUUUAUUUAGCCUGUUUGUUUUUGUUAUGUUUUAUUUUUUUAUGUAGACAGUACUAUGUAUAUUUUGCAAAAAGUCUGGAUGGUAUAUUUAAAGUUUUAAAUUAAGUAUGGUUAAAAAAUAAAAAAACUUAUAAAAGUA